GACCCCUCUGGAGGCCGGUCCCAGCCGCAGCCCCUCGUGCGUGGCCCUCAGCCCGGCCGCGGGUGGCGAUGACGACGCUGACGCACCGGGGCCGCCGCGGGGACGCGGGUGGGAGCGUGGGCAAGAAGCUGGACGACGAGGAAGAGGCGGCCGCAGAGAGAGACCCGGAGGACGAUGACUCCAAAGGCACCCGCCUGACGCUGAUGGAAGAGGUGCUGCUCCUGGGACUGAAGGACAAGCAGGGCUACACCUCCUUCUGGAACGACUGCAUCUCCCCGGGCCUGCGCGGCGGCAUCCUCGUCGAGCUGGCACUGCGGGGCCGCAUCCAGCUGGAGCCCCUCACCGCCAGGAAGAAGCGGCUGCUGGACAGGAAGGUGCACCUGAAGUCGGACACUCCAACGGGUGACAUCUUGCUGGACGAGACCCUCCGGCACAUCAAGGCCACGGAGCCUGCAGAAACGGUGCAGACCUGGAUAGAGCUGCUCACGGGGGAGACCUGGAACCCCUUCAAGCUGCAGUACCAGCUGCGGAACGUGCGCGAGCGCAUCGCCAAGAGCCUGGUGGAGAAAGGCAUCCUCACCACGGAGAAGCAGAACUUCCUCCUCUUCGACAUGACCACGCACCCCGUCAGCAACGCCGCCGAGAAGCAACGCUUGCUCAAGAGGCUGCAGGAAGGCGUGCUGGAGCGCUGGGUGGGUGACCCGCACCGCAUGGACCGCAGGACUCUGGCUCUCCUGGUGCUCGCCCACUCCUCGGACGUGCUGGAGAACGCUUUCAGCAGCCUGGAGGACGACCGGUACAAGGUGGCGAUGAACAGGACCAAGGAGGUCCUUGACGCAGAUCCAGAGGUGGAAGCUGCCAAAGGCAGAGGCACGGAGAUGAUCUGGGCCAUCCUGGCGGUCUUCAACAAGGCCUGAAGCCCUGCGGGGUGGGCAGCAGAGCUUCGCCUGCCUCGGCGCGAGGCCACGGGCUCCCUUGGCACCGGGUGGUAGCGGGGGGCAUGAGGCCCCAGGGCCGCUGCAAACAGAGGCUGGUGCCUUCAGGGAGCGGAGGUGACUGCCACCAGCAAUGCUGAAUGCCUGCUGUGACGGCACCGAAGCGCUUCACCGGCCAAAUCGCGAUGGGAAGGGGGUCAGACCCCCGUCAGGAACAACCCAGUCCCCCCCUUCACCUCCUUCCCCUGCAUGCGAUUGCGAGACGGCCCCGAGCCUCCGGGCUGUGCUGCCCUGCAGUCCUUUUUGGGAAGGGGAAGAGCUCACUGUGAUUUUUUUUGUUUAUUUGUUUUAAUUAUUAUUAUUUUCCUUUCUCCUCUGCCACUUUAACUCCCCGCAGUGAAUAUGAAUGUGUUUCUGGGU